AUGGCGGCUGGAGUGGCAGAGCUUCCUGACAACCAUCUUGUGGCCAACCUGUGCGAGGAAUUGUCCAAGAAAACUCAGGUGGGAGGACAGAAAAACAGGUGUGGCUUCCACCCAACAAAAGACAUAGACCUGUUUUGCCAGCAGUGCGAGGUGUCAGUUUGUAGUGAAUGUAUCGGGGAUGCUCACUCGGGGCACAGUGUUGGGAGGUAUUUCCUCUUCAUUAAGAACCGGGUGAGCUCAGACUGGAAGGACCUGGCUUGGUGUCUUGGCUUUGAGACACCGGACAUAGAAAACAUUGAUGGCAAACACCGGGAUGACAAGUCUCGCUGUAUGGACCUGUUACAGCAAUGGUACAAGCGGGAGGGAAACACUGCCACCAUACAUGUCCUGAUGGAGGCCCUACAAGAUGCAGAGCUACAGCAUGUGGUGGACAGUCUCAAGGACAAAUAUCCUGUUCCCCUGCUACCAACUGCUAGCAGACAAACUGGGAACACUGAUGCCAUAAGGGAAGAGGUAAAGAUGCUGAAAGAGAAAAAUGAGAAGCUGGAGAAAAUCAUCCUGGAACAGAACGAGAAAAUCCAGCAACUUCAGGAGACCAACAAGAACAUGGAGGCCAUAGUAGAAGAUCUGCUGACUGCCAAGCAAACAGUGGAGAGUGGAAGUCAGCAGAAAGAUCUGCUACACCCCAAAGAGGGGAACUUCAAGUUCAAGUUUGGGUGUAAUCCUCAGGGUAUUUGUGUUGAUGGGAAGGGAAACAUCAUUGUGGCUGACUAUGGAAAUGGUUGUGUGAAAAUGUUUGACAGCCAGGGCAGAUUUCUGUGUGACAUUGGAAGUGGUAUGAAGGAUCCCAAUGGUGCUGCUGUGUCACCAGGUGGAGAUGUGGUGGUGACUGAUUACAAAGAUCACACUGUAUCAGUCUGGUAAAGGUCAUGCUAUGAUAUAAUAUGGCCCUCAAAAUUACAGUUUUCCAGAUUGCAGAUGAUAAUCAAGUUUUUCAUACGAUAUUUGGCUACCAGUGUAUUUGCUGCUUUGUUGCGGAAUGAAGAAAACACAUCAACUGUCUCCCUGUUUGUACCUUUUGGCACCAACUUUGUAACUAGUAAUAGUUGCUUAGAGGCGUGGGCAGCAGGUAAAAUUAGUAAUUUCAUAUUUAUCAAAAUCUUGUA